AUGAGGAGAAAGUCCGUGAAGCCCUGGCGGCACUGGAGGCCGAGGAUUCGGCGCCAGGGCAUGCCAGGAGACACUUCCAGCACCUUCGCCAGCUGCAGAAAGAGCUUGAAAAACUGGAGGAAGACCAGUCCGACAACGACUCCAGUGUGCCGGAGGCCGCGGAGGCUUCUGCCGGCAAUAGCACGGAUGCGCGGCGGCACUGGCUCUUUGGACCACAAGAUGGCGACAACGCCUCCUGUGCUGAGGAGAACACGUCGAGCUUGCUGA